UACGUACUGUAACUACAGUUACUUUUUAUUCUCUUCUCUCCGUGGCUCAUUCCCCAUUACCUCCUGCUACAAACCACACCUCUUAUUCUAUUUCGACACAGUAGUACCCCCAAUAUCUUUCCUUCUCUGUUUGCAGUAUCUACCACUACUGCUGCUGCAAACUAGCAGAAGAACGCAGUUUGCUAAUCCUGACUCUUUCUUUCUUUCAAUGAUGGAAGAACUUUACGGUCUUCAAUCCACCAGCUCUGAUUACUCUUUGCAGGUUCCAUCAGAGAACAUGGUUGCUCCAGUGGCUAAUUACUACCAUCCUGUGGGGUUCACCUCCCCAGCUGGGGAGCCAUCAUUUCCUGUUUUUGGAUCGGAGCAGAUGUUUUGUGGUUCCUCAGUAUCUGAUGCUGCUUCAAUGGUGGCCGAGUUGCAUCAGAAGCAGCAGCAGCAGAGAGGGGGCGUUGGUGAUCAUAGUAAUAGAAAUAAUUCAGAGGAGGUUUCUUGUGCAAUUAGGGCUAAAAUUGCUUCUCACCCGCUUUACCCUAAGUUACUUGAAGCUUAUAUUGAUUGCCAGAAGGUGGGAGCACCGCCGGAGAUGGCUUAUUUAUUAGAUGAAAUCCGGCUAGUGAAUGAUGUUUCCAAGGGGUCCAAUGAUACUGUCGCCUCUUGCUUGGGUGCCGAUCCCGAGCUCGACGAGUUCAUGGAAACUUACUGUGACAUUCUGAUGAAGUAUAAAGCGGAUCUCUCAAGGCCUUUUGAUGAAGCCACCACUUUCUUGAAUGAUAUAGAAGCUCAGUUUAAUACUCUGUGCAGCGGUCCUUCCAGAAGCCAAGUUUAUGAUGAAGCUGCUGCUGGUUCAUCUGAUGAAGAUGCCAGUGGAGGAGAGGCAGACGUGCAAGAUUCCACCCGUAUAAACGAGGAUCGAGAGCUUAAGGACAAACUAUUACGUAAAUAUAGUGGUUACAUAAGUACCCUAAAGCAUGCGUUUUCAAAACAGAAGAAGAAAGGAAAACUACCAAAGGAAGCAAGGCAAAUCCUGCUAAACUGGUGGAACAUUCAUAACAAAUGGCCAUACCCAACGGAAGCUGAUAAGGUUGCGUUGGCUGAAUCAACUGGCCUGGAUCAGAAACAGAUAAACAACUGGUUUAUCAAUCAAAGGAAACGUCACUGGAAACCAUCAGAGAACAUGCAAUUUGCUGUUGUGGAUAGUCUGUAUGGUCCCUUUUUCAUGAACGACUGAGGUGGGGUGUUCCCACUUUGCUCUCACUACGCUUUUUCUUGUACAUGCUUGGACAGGGCCUCAUGCUGAUGCCUAAUGAAAUGCUUACCGCUUCAAUUA